CUUUACUCUUACUGAAAUCCUGUUCGGUAUAAGAUGGAUAUACCAGUAGAAACAUUAAUAUCUGUAGUUACUCAUCUAAACUGGACGUCAGUGUGUAUUAUUUUUGACCACGAAACAGAACAUGAAGCAUUACAGCUCCAGGAAGGUUUAUCAAAUAUUGGAACAUUUGGUGUGAUUUAUCGUAUGGAGGAAGUGACGUCAUAUAAUAUUGAUGUUUUAUCAAAAACAACUUUUAAGAAUGCCCCGGAUACACUUAAUUUCAUUGUGCUGUGUAGAUUGUCAACCAGUCGACAAUUUUUAAAACAGCCAUUUGAUUAUGAGCGAAAAAAUCCCUUCCGAAAUUCCUUGCUACAUUAUUCAAGAUGGCUAGUUGGCCUUUUCUAUAAUUCAACUGAUGUGAAAUCUUGGCCAAGUGCUUCCGGUAUUGAGUUUGAUAACGUAGCUUUUAUACAAUAUAAUUUAUAUUCUGAGGAUGAACAGCACCGGAAUUAUACGGCAUGGAUGAAUAAAAAUAACUGUUCACGUAAACGUGGUGUGUCUAUAGAGACAUUGAUGUGGAGUAAUGACCGCAAACGCAGAUUAACAACUGUAGGAUAUGUGUAUAUCAAUGGAAGUUUGAUUCUUCCAAAAGACAUCUUUCCGAACGUUAAGUUCGGAUUUAAUCAGAGAAGGCUUCUGAUAAGCCUGCUGCCUUGGAAGCCGUAUGUCGAGAAAGACGAAGUCACAAAUGAGUAUAAAGGAUUGUCCAUUGAUCUUCUCAAAGAAUUAUCACGCAGGCUUAAUUUCACGUAUCAUUUGAUAUCGCCACCUGAUGGAAAAUGGGGCGUGGCUUCUGGUAAUAACACUUGGAAUGGUUUGUUUGGACAGUUACAACGUCGAGAAAUAGAUUUAGUAGCAGCGCCCCUAGCUAUAGAUGCACACAAAGAAACAGUAUCAGAUUUUACACUGCCUUAUUAUUACGAAAAGUCAGGAAUUAUCAUAAAGAAACCAGAUCCAUCGUACUCCACGAAAUUGUUUGAUCCAUUAAAUCCCAUGGUUUAUAUCUGUAUUGGGAUUUCUCUACCAGUUACAACAUUUUUUCUGUUUCUUUUUGAAAAGUUGAACCCGUUUUACAAAAACGUUGCAGGUAGAAUGAAGAUCAGAGGACUGCAUCAUUUCUCUGAUUCGUUCUUUUACAUGUAUGGAGCAUUAUUUUGCCAAGGUGGAGAACAUAUGGCAGCUUCGUCAGCAGGGAGGACACUUCUUAGUUGCUGGUGGCUAUUUUGCAUCAUAAUGGUGGCAACAUAAAGUGGUAAUUUUGUGGCAAUCUUGGCAGUUACGAAAGAAACAUUACCUUUCAAAGAUGUAGAAGGAUUAGUUGAACAAAGUACAUAUAAGUGGGGUACAGCUGGCGCUACUAUAUUUGAAACUAUUUUAAAGAAUUCGGAGUUACCAGAACGUAAAAAGAUUUGGAAUGGCAUCCUUACAUUUAACCGGAGUGAUCCAUCAGUUUUAAGUAGUGAUCCAGCUGAACAAAUACGUAAAGUUAGAGGUGGCAACUAUGCAUAUAUUGGAGACCGGACUUACUUUGAUAUGGCAAUAGGAGAGAGUUGUGACAUGUCAGUGAUAUCACCUGCAGAUUUUCACACACUGCUAAUAGCGCUGCCAUUGCCGAACAAUUCUCCCUUUGUGAAAAUUUUCUCUGAUGAAAUUGUGUCGAUCGUAGAAGGUGGAUUGAUUCAGAUAUGGUUGAAAAAGGCAUUACCAAAGUUGGCGAAAUGUGGAGAUACAUCGGUUACAGUUGCUAAAAGUAUCAGUGUUUUGGAGUUCCAAUUUGCAUUCUAUAUAAUAGGGAUAGGAGUAAUAAUAUCAUUUUUGUCGCUUAUUUAUGAACACAUAAAACGUAAAUUUUACCAAUGUGCAGUAACACGCUGCAGGAGACGAAACAUUCAAGGGGCGACAACUUACGUAAAUGAUUUUAAUCCUAUCACUGAAUUCUAUUCAAAUAGUCAAGGUGUCAAUGAAACACCCAUACAUCUUGCAAUUCGACGACAGAUUCCGUAUUCUUUACGAAAUAUAGAUAAUAAAAGUAAUAAAGAUUUCAACUACUAAUAAGACAAAUUGUAUCAUUAGAGGAUUGCUUAUUUUAAGUCUAAUGGGUGCAUUUGUUUAAGCUUUGAAUAUGUUACGAUCAAUUCUUUAUUACACAAACCUCAUAAAAAUCAGAGUGAUUGCUGCUAUUUGAAGAUUAAACAUCGUCAGGUAUACUCGGCGCACAUUGUGGAUAACUUCUUAUGCAUUGUGUAUGUGUCAGUACAAUUUUCAAAAAUGGAGAAAGGGGUUGUUAUCCUUCAUAAUGAUUUUUGAAAACA